UCAGCUCAUGAUGAAAUCCUGAAAAAGAGUGUCAAGUGACUACAUUAUGCUAAUCAAGUCACUCUUCCAAAACUGUCACUGUCCUGUGAGAGUUGUUUGGAAUGAUAGCACCCACUGCCAUCGGUCGAUAAUGUUAUGAAUCUUCAUCGGUUAAGGUAGUUAGGUAAUAUAUUACGUAAACUAAAUCCACUGUCUUCCUUGAGAAGCAAUGUUAACUGAAUCAGCAUUAGCCUAAAAAGGAGUUCGUGGUAGCCAUACCACAAAAUGGUAUCAAUCAAUGAGCUCAUUGAUUCCUGAUGAUCUAAGCUACUUAAGGUGAUGUAAAUUACAUGGGUGGAAUCAGUGAUUAGAGACACAUAGAGGCAGCUCAGAAUCAUUCGAAAUGUAUCCACCUAUCAUUUAUUGAGAUUCUGGUAGUUUUAAUUACCUUUCUCCAUCACGCCUAUGUCUGUUUAUGGAAGUAUUAUCCUGCUACUUUUUCUUGUGCUUUUCGAAGCGUGGUGAGUUGGACUGAUGUGCAAUUUUCCGUUAGCGAGUUUCUUUGUCUUAUUUUUCGUCGCUUUUUGUUUUAACACACCAACGUGAAAUGGUGAAGGCAUAAUAUUAAUGCAGUUCUGCUACAUUUUACAUUGAUAUCUCGUAAGGGAAAAACUGUUUAGUAAGCAGGAGAACCUAAAGCUCACCUUUCUGUGGUAACGUUUCUAUGUGCCCAGUAGUGCCAAUCGGAAUAGGUUUGUUGUCAUUGAAUCUUAGCACCACCAAUGCCUUAUUUCUCCCGCCUUCUUCUCUUGCUUUGUGUGCUACAUGGAGUGUGGCGACUUAAACUACCGCACAUCGGUGCAAAGUUCUAUGUCGAAAACAGACAGAUAGAAUGCUUUAUUUGGUCUAGAUUUCUGAAUUAGUAAAAUAUGUUACUGGAUAAAAAAAGCCCUUUUUCAAUAUGCUUCUCAUUAUCGCAAUAUUAACAUUGAAUACCCAUUCUGCCUAGAUAUAAUGAGUCAGUGACGGUCUGUAUUCAGCCUUCAUUUCCUUAUCACCUCUAACAUCUCCCUUUUAUUAUUCAAUGCUUGUUUUCUCUUCACUGAUAUUCCGAUAUGUCUGUUAAACCUACUUAAAUUUAUCAACUCCAGAUUGUAUACAAUUAAACAUUAUAAAAAAUGGUCGUAUAUGAUAUGAAAGCUUAUUAUCAAAUAGGAAAUAAUAUAAAAUUACGCAUACAACACUAUUAAAAAUAAUGAGUACUAUAGUAGGGAUUGAAGUACCCAACUAUUAGCACAGUGUCGCAGUUAAUAGAGAUUUUAAUAUCUAAGGAGAAACAGAUGAACUGUAAAUAUGAGUUGAGUUAAUGAAAGAAAUUUCAAACAAGACAAAUUCACUAUGUGUUAAGAAUUGGGUUUUAUUUGAGAUCCAACUUUUCUUUCAGUUUGAUUUACUUCCAUUGCAUCCAACUGAAAGUCAUCGCUCAAGGUACCUGAUGUUCAAAUAAUUGAUCGUAGAUCAGGUGGUGUCAUGGUUAUCUGUAUUAUACUGGUGACUCAUUGCACAGCUGAUAAAUGUUUUUAUGGCUGUUUUUUCAAUUAUUGACUAUUACUAAUUUAAUGUGAUUUUUUCCAACCUACAGAUUUUGAAUGAUCUCAUCGAUUUACAUCGCCAAGACACAAGCCUACCAGAAAAGUUGUGCAUUAAUUACUCAAAUACGAAAUAAAAAAUAUUAUCGAAAAUGGUGGAUACCAUAUCAUUUGGAUGACUAUCAAACAAUAACAAGAGCACAGCCUAAUGGUUAUGAGAAGUGGGAUCAAGAGUGGAAUGAUUCACACCUACCAAGUGAAUUACAAUUUUUUGAUACUUCACGUCUACCCACACAUCUGAAGGCAAGAAGCAAUCCGUCAAGGGAGUUUUUUAAUAUUAAAAGUAGAAAAGAACAAACUGAAGACUAUCGAAGACGAUUAUUCGGGGAAUACGGAUUCAAGAGCGGCAUUAAUCCAGCUUAUUUGUUCAUGGAUGAAAAAGAAGUAUCAUUUGAAAGAGAGAAAGAGAAGCUACUUGAAAAUCCUGUUGUAGAAAUAGUGAAUGCAAAGCAAGAGGAAGAGAUAAAGACUAGGAAGGAAAAUGAAGAAUUAAUGUUACAGAUUAAGAAGAAUUUAGAAAAAAUGCCGGAACUACUGAAAAAGUAUUAUGCUCAAGAGGCUAAGCAAUCAGUUGCGAAAGUAGAGAAAACGGAUAAAAUGAAUAUGCUGUUAGAAGAGGCAAGAGACCGAUUUGGUUAUUAUCCGCACAAAAAUGAUCCUAAAUUCCUUAAGUUGGUGGAAGAAUUCAGCGAACAGAAGAAGCUCGGACGUAAACAGAAGAAAGACAAGAGUGUAUAG